AUGGGAGGGUCGGCGAGAAAGAACCUCUUCAUGUUCAAGAAGCUCUGUGGCCCCGAAGCACUAAAGCAUGUCGUCUUGGUCACGACAAUGUGGGAGCUUGUGGAUGAGAAGACGGGUCUUGAACGACAGACUGAACUUGAGACCACUGAAGAUUUCUGGGGCUAUAUGCUGUCUAAGGGAUCCAGAAUUGAGAAGCACAUGAACAAUCCACAGUCAGCUCAUCACAUCAUCUCUAGAUUCAUGUCACAUUACCGCCCAACCACGCCAGUUUUGCUCGCUAUUCAGGACGAAAUGGUCAACAAAAACAAAAACCUCGAUGAAACGGAAGCAGGCAAGGGACUAGAGGGCGUUCUUGCCAAAGAAAGAGAGAGGUUCAAACGAGACCUUGAUCUAGCUCGCCAGGAGAUGCAGGAGGCCAUUGCCGCUCGUGAUAAGGAGUCUCAGGAGGAGCUCAUGAGACAACAAGCCCUGGCUGAAAGGAACUUGGAGCGUCUCCGGCGUCAGCAGGAAGAAAUCAAAACAACGAUGGAGAAGUUGCACAGAGAGAAGUAUGAAAAGCUCGAGGCCGACUGGAAGAAAAUGGAAGCGAAGAACAACAAGAAGGAGGCUCAGUGGGUUCAGGAGAAAGAGGAGUUGAAUGGGAAAAUUACAUCCCUCUCAACUCGCAUGAAGAAGUCCAAGACCCACGGGCAAUGCGAGGUUGAAGCUGCCCAGAUUCCAGCAUGGGAUAGAACCACCAGUCUCUCUAUACGUGGCCAAGACUGGGCUUUCAUAGGUCCAUACCUAUCGAAGUGGUCAGCAGCAGAGGAGAUUUCCAAAGAUAUCACAUCGAUCUCUAAAGGCGACGGGUUCAGGAUCAAGAAGCUGGUCUUAGGUGACGGGACCGACUCCUACUUCACCCAUUAUCACACUGGAUAUAUUCUCACCAGAUGCAACUGUUAG